GGCCGCCGUCUCGUCCCCUCCACGUCUCCAUCUCCCAGAGCGCGGCCGAGCGGAAAAGUGAGCGAUGGCAGAAAACCUGAGGAAACUGGUCUCGAGCGAAACUUUGCGACUGAUGCACGACAAGCUAGACGGCUGGCUGAGGGAGUACAACGCAAACACAUGUGAUCAAAAUCUUAGUCAUUGCCUUGAGCUCAUUGAACAAAUUUCCAAAGUACAAGGACAGCUCUUUCGGAUCCUCACCACGGCAGCCCAAGAAGGCGGACAUUAUGAUGGUGUGGAAAUAAUCAAAUCGCGCCUUCUGCCUUGGCUGGAGGCCUCCUUUACUGCUGCUUCCCUGGGAAAACCUGUUGACAGCAGGGUGCCCUCUCUACAGGACACAUUUGAUAAAGAGAAACAUAAAGAGUCAGGUGUUCGGGAUCGGGACAUGCAACAGCUAGACUCUGAAUUGACUUCAACUCGUAAUCAACUCAACCAGGUUCAAGACGAUCUGGCUGAAACUGAAAAGACUCUUGAAGAAACCAAGAACAGAUCGGCCAUAUCCCUUUUGGCUGCAGAGGAGGAAAUAAAUCAGCUAAAAAAGCAGCUUAAAUCUCUUCAAAUCCAGGAGGACUCCCGCCACCGAAACUUAGAACACAGAAGCACAGAGCACCGGUGUUCGGAGCCUAGAGCCUCCGAACCGAGGACCUCUGAGCAGAGGAGGCUGGACCAGCGAGGCAUUGACAAGCGGGGCUCAGAGCAGCGGCCCGAAGUGAUUUCCGAUUAUGAGAAACAGCUCCGAACACUGAAGGACGAGAUAGCGGUUUUGUCUGCUGAAAAAUCUGCACUUCAAGGAAGGUCCGCCAGGAGCCGGACUCCCAGCCCUGGCCCUCGCAGCCGUAGCCACAGCCACAGCCGCAGCCACAGCCACAGCCACAGCCGCAGCCGCAGCCACAGCCGCAGCCGCAGCCGGUCCACCAGCCCCUCCGCCGCCGUCGUGAAGAUCAGGACCCCGUCCCCGAAUCGCGCCAAAAUGUCCAACGUGGCGCGCAAGGCUGCCCUCCUGUCUCGGUUCAGCGACGCCUAUUCCCAGGCCCGCCUGGACGCGCAGUGCCUGCUGCGGCGCUGCAUUGACAAAGCCGAGACCGUGCAGCGGAUUAUCUACAUCGCCACCGUGGAGGCGUUCCAUGUAGCUAAGAUGGCAUUCAGACAUUUCAAGAUCCGCGUGAGGAAAUCGUUGACACCGUCUCUCGCAGGGUCGAAUAACUUUGAAGAUGCUGUCUCGGAUUAUAUCAUUUGUCAUCUUGAUCUAUAUGAUUCCCAAAGCAGUGUUAACGAUGUGAUCCGAGCCAUGAAUGUCAAUCCCAAGAUUUCAUUUCCUCCUGAAGUUGACUUUUGCCUCCUCAGCAACUUUAUCCAGGAGAUAUGUUGCAUUGCCUUUGCCAUGCAGGCUUUAGACCCACCCCUAGAUAUUGCAUUUGGGGCGGAUGGAGAAAUUUUUAAUGAUUGCAAGUACCGUCGCAGCUAUGACUCUGAUUUCACUGCUCCCUUGGUCCUCUAUCACGUGUGGCCUGCUCUCAUGGAGAAUGACUGUGUCAUUAUGAAGGGAGAAGCUGUCACCAAGAGAGGGGCUUUUUGGAAUUCGGUGCGAUCUGUAAGUCAAUGUCGAAGCAGGAGUUUAAGCCCCGUCUGCCCCCGUAGCCGUAUUGGUUUAAGCACGAUAUCUCGAAGCCGGAGCCCUUCUCCAAUAAGAUGCGGAUUGCCGAGGUUUUAAAGUCACCAGACCUGUCCCUUUGCUACAGUACAACUGCACCAGCAACUUCCCCAGUGCCUGUCUCCUGUGCCUGCCUCAGAACUCACUAAAGAUAAUGUGAAAAUGCAAUUCUGUGUAUCCCUCCACACGGAGAGUUAAUGUUUUGGCUUAGCAUGUUUGUAACUUCAGAUAUAUUGCAUUUUAUUUUAUUUUAGAGAUACAAAUUCCAUUACUUUGAUAAAAACGAUUGCAUAGGUGUUUAGGAUCAUAUUCAUUUGAAGCAAAGUCCCUCAGGGUUUUCAUCCUCAAAUACUAGGCUCUUCUGUCGCAACUGUAGAAACUUAAGCUGAGGAUAUUUGCCAAGUGGAGUUGAAAAGACAGAGUCGGUUUAUAGAUGAAUCAUAAAUGUUAUAAUUGCUGGUAUUAGCUUAAGGCUUAGAAACAAUAUUGUUUUAAUUUUCUUUUGUUUGGAAGACAACCCUAAUUCCAGGCUGGGGAGUUUGUCCUAGUAGCGGUGACUUUGGGCUACAUGUAGAUGGCAUUGAUUUCAGAGAAUCAAGUUCACUGGCUGGCUUCUCUUUUCCUGAUUUGAGACUGUCCUGUUUGGUUUAGUUGGGUACCAAUGCCAAAGCUACUUACUGGAGGAAAUGUUCUUGCUUCAUAAAUGGGGUGAAGUGAUUUGGCUGGAAGCCAGCUUUGAGAGAAAUGUUAAUUACUUUGUGUUUAACUCGUGGGACUGUUUCAUACAGUUUUAAUGUACAUGUUACAUAUAGAAACGACAUGGACGUGUGCUGUAUCUGUUCCAUGUAGUUGUUUGCAAAUUCAGACCUCCUAAGAAGAGCAUCUGACUAAAAAUAUCUAAGCUUGGGGCUUAAAACUAGGGGUACCUUUUACUGAUUUUUAAAUUGAGUCGCUAUACCUUGAUUUCUUUACUAUGAAGGACUGUUGAAAAAGUUCAAGUUUAAUGUAAUAACGGAACAUAGCUUUCCCAAGAUAAGUGAUGUUUUGUCUGCCCCCCCCCCUUUAAUGUGGUCUUAGACACAAGACUCAUGAAUGACUGCUUUCUCUGUGUGCCUUUUGGAGAGAAACUCUGAAUUGACCACAGCUCGAUCUGCACAAACUCAGUGCCCAAACUAGCACCUAAUGCUUUUUAGGUGGAAAACAAAAUAAAACAAGACAAACCCAAAGCAAGAACUUCUCUGAACCAUCUUGUCCCCUGUGCUGGUAGCUAGAGAUGAGGAGAGACCUCCUCCAGCCCUGUCCCUUAGGUCUAAUGGUCACCAACUUCAUUCUCAAGUGUGAGGUUCAUUUUUCUCCCUCUGUGUGUUUUUAUGUAGUCAUCGCAUUGAGGCGAGGCAGCCUGCUGAAAGGAGGACUUGGUGUUUAGGUAGUUCCAGUUCUGGCUUGGUCAUCAGUUGGCUGUGUGGCCUUGAACAAGUUACUCCACCUCUCUGAGUCUCCGUUUUAUUUUAGAGUGUGUAGGUUGGAUGAGAUUAGUUGUUCGCUCAAUGCUUGCAGAUUCAGUGCUCCUUUAUAACAAAUGUUCUGGUUAUUCUGAAAUAAAAUUCCAUGUCCAUAUGACCCAGAUGCAUAUAUACUUCUAAACAAGGAGUAUAGUAUCCUAACUUUAGUACAAAGCAGAAAAAAGGAAAAGCAGUUUUUAAUAACAUGGGCUUCAGUCAGAAGGCUUCGGUCUUGCCAUGCUAGAUGAUAAGAUGAAAUCAUAGAUACUUACCCUUGUGUGUAAUGAAGAUCAAUGAGCAUUGUAUUGGCAAUAUCACGAACAGCAUUGGAUAUGAUGUUCUGAAAUGGAGCACAACUCCUGAUAAAGUUUUCAACAAAAUCUUAGUCAUGCCUUGAUUUACAUAGUAAGCACAUUUCUGGAAAAGUCGGUGUACAUUAAAACCAUGCAACUAUUACUAGUGAGAUUUUUUUUAAAAAUCUCACUAAGCAAUGAGAAUUCAUUUUUAGGAGUUGAACUGGGGAACACAUGCACUGACUUAGAAAAUGUUGACACAUAGCUCAGUUUAUUUGCUCUAUAUCUUGUCUGGCCACUUGUCAUUUCUCAGGUCUCUCAUUUGAACUGUAACCACACAGGGAACAGUGGUGAAGAGUCUAGAAUAAUUUUUGGAAAGGAUUCACAAAAGCAAAGGAGGUUGACCUGUACUCAUCUGGGCACGCACCUUAACCUUAGUAACUUUGAAAUAUGAAAAACUCCUUCUUUGUCAACUGGUAAAUGUCAAUUUCUGUAUGAUUGAUUUAGCAUCUAAUAAUAAAACCAAGAAAAGGA